UUUCGAAUAAACUAUAUUUUUAUCUUAUGUAAUUAUUAACCACGUAAUAUUUGUAAAUAAUUUAUUUAGUCAAGACUUAAGAUUACAAAAAAAUUGUAGGAAACUGGUUUCAAUUUUUAUAUUUAAUGAAUAUAUCCACUAACCCGACGAGUUCCAAAAUAUCUCAUACUACAGCUAUCAUUAUCAUAUUAAAAUGUAAACUUGAUGACGAUUGUCGACAAGCGACUUGGAAUAUUAUUUAAAUUUAUCAAUUCAAGCGCAAGGUCACCAUAUAUCGCUUUGUAAUUUAAUCAGUUAGUCAGGCCCCUCUGGUCACAAAGCUACAGUCGACUAUCAAGAUAGUUUUUAAAUCGAAAUAAUAAUACACCUCGUUGGAAGAUGGCUUCUACAAUAAUUAAAUUAUUGAAGUCAGAAUCUCAAUUAUUCCUACAAAGGAAAUACAGCAGUGCAGCACCCACAACAAAGUUGUAUAUUGACGGACAAUUUGUGGAUUCAAAAACGAGCAAAUGGAUUGAACUCACAAAUCCAGCAACAAAUGAAGUCAUUGGAAGAGUCCCAGAGACGACAAAGGAUGAGUUAGAUACAGCUCUUGAAGCCGCUAAGAAAGCUUUCAAAUCAUGGAGCCAGAGCACCAUUAUGACCAGGCAACAACUUAUGUUCAAGUUUGCGCGGUUACUGAGAGAAAAUCAAAGUAAAUUAGCAGCUAAAAUAACUGAGGAACAAGGGAAGACCAUCGCCGAUGCUGAGGGAGAUGUGCUCAGAGGAAUACAAUCUGUGGAGCACUGUUGUAGCAUAACCACUCUUCAGCUGGGAGACUGCAUUCAGAACAUCGCGAAGGAUAUGGACACACAUAGCUAUAAAACACCGUUAGGAGUUGUUGGUGGUGUCGCAGCAUUUAAUUUUCCAGUAAUGAUUCCGCUUUGGAUGUUCCCGCCUGCAAUAGUGACUGGCAACACAUGUCUCAUCAAGCCUUCUGAGCAAGAUCCGGGAGCGACGGUGAUGAUGAUGGAGCUGCUUCAAGAGGCUGGAGCACCUCCAGGUGUUGUCAAUGUCGUUCACGGCACCCACGAUACUGUGAACUACUUCUGCGACCAUCCUGAUAUCAAAGCGGUCUCCUUCGUCGGAGGCGACGCUGCGGGCACACAUAUAUACUCGAGAGCUUCAGCCGCUGGUAAGCGAGUACAAAGCAACAUGGGAGCCAAGAAUCACGGUGUCAUAAUGCCAGAUGCCAACAAGGAGCACACGCUGAACCAGCUCACAGGGGCGGCCUUCGGGGCGGCUGGACAGAGGUGCAUGGCCCUCAGUACCGCCGUGUUUGUCGGUGAGGCAAAGGAAUGGAUCCCGGAUUUGAUUGAACGCGCUCGGGCUCUGAAAGUGAACGCAGGACACGUACCCGGCACCGAUGUUGGCCCCGUCAUAUCUGUUAACGCGAAACAGAGGAUUUUGAGACUUAUUGAGUCAGGAGUUAAAGACGGUGCCAAAUUGGUUCUUGAUGGCCGCGGAAUCAAAGUGUCAGGCUUCGAAAACGGCAACUUCGUUGGUCCCAGCAUUUUGACUCAUGUAACACCGAAUAUGGAGUGCUACAAAGAGGAAAUAUUCGGCCCGGUCCUUGUCUGUCUAUUCGUUGAGACAUUAGAUGAAGCGAUACAAUUAAUCAACGCAAAUCCGUACGGUAAUGGAACUGCUGUAUUUACCACCAAUGGUGCCACUGCGAGGAAAUUCGCUUCGGAAAUAGACGUCGGUCAAGUAGGAGUAAAUGUGCCAAUUCCAGUGCCAUUAUCAAUGUUUUCGUUCACUGGCACUCGUGGUAGCUUCUUGGGUACAAACCACUUCUGUGGCAAGCAAGGUAUUGAUUUCUUCACAGAACUGAAGACUGUCGUGUCAUUCUGGAGGCAAAGUGAUGUGUCACAUGCUAAGGCUGCGGUGUCGAUGCCAACACAACAGUAAUUUUAAGUUGUGUAGUUUUAAGUGUAAGUGUUUUGUCGUUAAAUUAUUGAACAAAUUGUUAUAAUUGCACCAUGUGUUUAUUAUUUUUACAUUAUAACCAUGUUUGAAAUUUAAAUUGAAUAAAAUCAUCAUAUUUUCAUAAUAUAUAUUAAAAUGAUGUGCAAAUUGUAACUAUCCAAUAUUAUUUUGUUGAGUAAAUAUUUACAUGUUCAAAA